AUGGAAAAAGCCUUCAGCACAGCAAUUAGAAGACUUCCAUCAACUCAGAUCUACCUGGUCCAGAUGAACUUUUCAACCUCCAUCCCUCGUAGAGACCAGCUCAUCCUGGAGGGCCUCAACGAGGAAGUCCAAGGGAUCCUGCCUACUCUUUACAUCUUUGUGUUCAUCGUAGGGCUGGUAGCUAACGGAUGGGGACUGAAGUCUUUGCUGCACAACUGGAAGAAGCUGGGGGAUGUAAAUGUCUUUGUUUUUAAUCUUGGACUUGCAGACAUGUUGUAUCUGCUGACACUUCCCUUCCUGGUGGUGUACUACGUUAAAGAAAAUACAUGGAUCUUUGGAGACAAGUUCUGCAAGGUYACAAGAUUCUGCUUCAACCUGAAUCUGUACUGCAGCAUCGGCUUCCUCACCUGUAUAAGUGUGUACAGGUACCUGGCCAUUGUCCAUCCAAUGAGAGUGAUGGGAAGAUUAACUGUGACUCACUCUGUGAUCAUCUCAGUCCUGGUUUGGAUCCUGGUGGGUGUUCAAAGUCUGCCAGACAUGUUUUUCCCUAAAAGAUUUGGAAAACAGGCUAAAUGUUAUGACAGCACUUCCCUUGAACAUAUGGAGGAUUACCUGAAGUACAGUCUUGGACGAACUCUCACUGGAUUUUGUAUCCCGCUCCUUAUCACACUGGGAUGCUAUGGACACAUGAUUUGUGUUCUCUGUAGCAGAACUACAAUUGACAAAGUCCUAAAACAAAGAAGCCUGAGGUUUUUGCUCAUUUUGAUUCUUCUCUUCUCAGUUUGUUAUACACCUCACCAUGUGUUCAAAAACCUCAGCCUCUAUUCUAGAGUUUUGGUAAAACAGAACAUAUGCAAAGACUGGGAUUCUGCUGUCUUCAAUGCUCAUCAGAUCAGUCGUGGUCUUGUGAGUCUGAACAGUGCUCUGAACCCUCUGGUUUACCUCCAUGUCCAAGAGGACAUUUCUGCUCAGUUCAGACAGCUGCUCCAGAGAGUUGAAGUAAUAUUUCAUCGUAUGUUUGAGUCUAAAUCAUUUUCAGAAGCUGUGGCACAAACUGAUGAAGAUGAUGAUGUUUAA